UAAAACCAGACAGAACACCGAAGUCUCAGCCUCUCCCGAGAGGCCAAGCAGAAAUGGCGGCUUCCUGCAUGUUCGCCGUCUCUGCUCCCUUCGCCGCCUCCUCCUCCUCCUCCAGUUCAGCUCGCCGCUCCAGGCGAUUCCGGGUGGUGGCCAUGGCCAGCGUGGGGCAGAAGGUGUACGCGCCGGGCGUGGCGGUAUCAGAGGGAAACGGCGGGCUGCCGAAGAUCAGCCUCAAAUCUCCGCAGGGGAGUGAGGCUGAGAUCUAUCUCUUUGGAGGAUGUGUCACCUCUUGGAAGGUCCCCAGUGGAAAGGACCUGCUCUUUGUCAGACCAGAUGCUGUGUUCAAUGGUCAGAAACCCAUCAGCGGUGGAAUUCCACAUUGCUUCCCCCAGUUUGGGCCUGGCGCAAUUCAGCAGCACGGAUUUGCUAGGAACGUGAAUUGGUCUAUCACUGAUUCAGAAGUCACCGAAGGAGAUCCAGCUGUAACCUUGGAACUAAAAGACGACUCAUACAGCCGUUCAAUGUGGGAUUUUAGUUUCCAUGCUUUAUACAAGGUUACACUGCACUCUACAAGCCUGUCAACAACCCUGACAAUAAUUAAUACUGACGAUAAACCUUUCUCAUUCAACUCAGCACUCCAUACUUAUUUCAGUGCUUCCAUCGCUGGUGUUUCAGUGAAAGGUCUUAAAGGUAGUAAGACUCUCAAUAAGGAUCCUGACCCUAAAAAUCCUCUGGAGGGCAAAGAAGAAAGGGAAGAGGUGACCUUUCCAGGAUUUGUAGACUGCGUUUACCUUGGUGCACCGAGUGAGCUUACCCUGGACAAUGGAUUGGGUGACAAAAUUGUCAUCUCAAAUACAAAUUGGUCAGAUGCAGUGUUGUGGAAUCCUCACUUGCAGAUGGAAGCAUGUUACAAAGAUUUUGUCUGUGUCGAAAAUGCAAAGAUUGAAACAGUACAACUGGGUCCUAAAGAAUGUUGGGUGGCAGAGCAGAAAAUUGAGUUAAUCUGAAGCUAAUCAGUGCAAAAGAAUACGCGGAGAAAGGGCCCUGUUUUUUUACUUUCUGGCAAUGUGAACAUAAUGCCACUCCCAAUAUACUUAGGUCAACUUAUGCCUUCAUAUGAGAUGUUUAUAAGUAAAUUAAUAAAUUAAGUUCUUAUUUCCUUCUCUUGGAUGGUCAGCUGUCUUGCAUGUUCUACUCAUAGCAUGUCCUUCAAUGUACAAUUGGUGCGACAAGGGUUAAAUAUUGAAUAAGAUACGGUGAACAUUUUCUUUCUUCA